GUGGUUACCGCCGCCGUGUCUGGGGCCAUUUGGUAGACUCCACAGCUCCACUCCUCCGAAACUCUCGCAGGGCCUGCGCUCCUCUCUCUUCCUUCACUCUUCUUUUCCUCCAUUUUUCAUCCCUCUCUCUCUCUCCCUUUCUCUCCUUAUCCCUUUUUUUCCGCGUCGUCUGCUCUUCUCUCUCUCUCAAGUCUUUUCCAUUCUGUCUGCCUCCUUCCUGUGUCUGUCACUUCAGCACAAUAGACUUUCACUCCGCCAGUGAGGCAGAGCAGUGGACGAGCGAGUGAUACAGUGAGGUGGCGGCGGAGGGGUGACCAGAGAGAGAGAGAGAGAGAGAGAGAGAGAGAGAGAGAGAGAGAGAGAGAGAGAGAGAAAGAGGUUGUAGGGGAGGAAAGAGAGGAUUUGGUUUCUCGGCAACAAUGGAAACCCGAUCGCGACCCGGGGAGCCGGACGCUCGAGGCGAGGAGCCGGCCAAGGAGGACCUGAGUGAGAGCAAGCCGAUCGAGCGCUUCGACAUCCCGCUGGACAGCCUGAAGAGGAUGUUUGAGAAGCCGCCGGCAGCCGCGGCAGCAGAGACAGCAGCGGGAGCGCACAGCAGCGUGGAAGUCAAAGGCUCGCUCAGUCCCCGGCGAGGGCCAGCAGCUCAUUCCCACACUCCACCACGGGACCUGAAGACCGAGGGAUCAAGCGCCGACAGGAUGUCCACCAAUCAGGAACUCAAUUCCUCUGCAGGCAGCGCUGCUGUAACCAGGGACGCGGAAGACACUGUCCAAAGGAACGGAGACCCAGAAACAGAGGGAGUUUCAGUGAAGGAGAGACUCGCCAUGUAUCAGGCAGCUGUGGCCAAGAAGGAGACCAGCGCCUCCUCAGCUGGGGUGCUGGAGGAGACUGAGGCCUGUUCUCUGCCCGGUGGGCUGGCCAGCGUGAAAAAGCAGUUUGAGUCUCAGGAGUUCUCUUCCUCCUCUGCCUCACACAGCACCAUCACUCACGUGCAGUCUCAGCACAGAGUACAGGAGAUGUCCAGCUCUCAGACACAGAGAGUUACCUUUAGUGAGAAUGAACAGGUUAGCCGUGAGCAGCAGAGCUUUCAUCAGAACCAUGUGGCCGCAGGUUACGAGAACCACUUUGAUGAGACAGUGAGGAUGAUCGGAGGUGAAGAUCUACCCAAGGUUUCCGCUCAGGCAUUGAAGCAGCAAUAUGAAAAAACGAUUGAGGAGGCCACACCAAGCAAACAAGUGAAGAUUGAUCUUGAUUACAACCAGUUUCAAUGGGCCCCAGUGAAUGUAUCAUCCAAAGCAACUGAAGAUGGUAACUAUGAAACAGUGGCUGUUACCAGAAGAGUGGAGGCAGCAUCUUCCUCCUCCACCUCAGCUUCUGCCUCCACUAAAACCACUGAGACAGUGGAGCAGCAGAACUUCCCUCCUCCUCCCACAGAGUUUCUGCAGGCACCCGGCGAGGUCCCAGUCCGUUGUGCCUCCCCGCAGCCCCAGGAGUACAUCUGCCCCCACCACCACGCCAAGGACUAUUACUCCAAGCAGAGGAACAUGGCCGAGCUGAAGCGCCUCUACAAGCACAUCCACCCAGAAGUGCGCAAGAAUUUGGAGAGGGACUUCUUCAGCCAAGAGAUGGCCUACCAGGAGGAGAUGACUGGAGAAAUGCAGCAGGCUCGCUCAGUGUUCGAAAACAGCAGCAGCCCCAGCAAGUGUAUGAGCCCAGAGAGGGAGUAUCUGGAGUGGGACGAGAUCCUGAAGGGAGAGGUGCAGUCCAUGCGCUGGAUGUUUGAGAAUAAGCCCUUGGACUCCAUCAAAGAUGAAACUCCUGAUGAGGACGAUAGCAAGAACAUCGCCCAACAGGAGAUCAUAGCAGGAAGUGAUGUCAAGUACACUGCUUGGAUGUUUGAGACGCAGCCCAUCGAUGCUUUGCGAUCAGAUACUCCUGACUCCACUGAACAGACAGGCAAAAUGAAAGAGCUUGCGAGAGGAGAUGUCAGGACGGCCACUUGGCUAUUUGAAACUCAGGCACUGGACACGCUGAAUAAGAUCUACCAGGAGGACGACCAAGGCACUGAGGUUGUUUACACAAAAGACAUCGCUGGAGGAGAUGUGAAAACUGCCCGUUACCUGUUUGAGACCCAGCACCUGGAUUCUCUGGCUCACACUGAGACAAUCGAUGAGACCCACUUCCUUAACCUGAAAUCAGAGCUAGAGGAGAUCAAGGGAGAAGUGAAGAUGACCACAAGGAUGUUUGAAACGCAGCCCAUGUGCGUCAUCCGGGGAGACUCAGGCGAGAUGCUUGAGAUCACCACUGUGAGGAGAGAGGAGACUGAGAAAGGAGAUGUGAAGACUUCGCGCUGGCUGUUUGAAACCCAGCCCUUGGACAUGAUUAGCAAAGACCCAUCUCAAGUCAAGCUGAUCUGUGGCGUCUCAAUGGAGGACAACUACCAAGGUGGGGUGAACAAAGGUCGCUGGCUCUUCGAGACAAAGACCUUGGACUCCAUAAAAGAUGAGGAAUGGGAAAGCUCCAAACUGCACAGGGAAGAGGUCAUCGGGGCUGAUGUUCGCAAGCACUGCAUGGUCUUUGAGACCCAGCCUAUGGACUCCCUCAAAGACAAUGCCAACGCAAGACCAACACAGGUGGAAGACAUUAUGGGAGGUAAUGUGACGUCCGCCAGGCAUUUGUUUGAAACAGUUCCCAUGGAGAAUCUGAAAGAACUUGCUGAGGUUGGGAAACUUCAGAAGAGUGUCAUGACAGAAGAGGAGAGGGGAGAUGUCAGACACCAGAAGUGGAUGUUUGAGACCAGGCCACUAGAACAAAUAAGGGAAGAGAAAAAGGAGGUUCAACGCACUGUAAACCUGGAGGAACUCGACAAAGGAGACGUCACAAACUAUAAGGAGAUCUUCGAAACAAUGGACCUCAGCAAAUGUGAUACACAGAGGAUACAAGUGGAAGGUGUUACAAGUGGAUCUGUGAGGUCAAACAAGCAUCUGUUUGAGUCCACUCCUACGUAUGCAAUGCAGGACAGCUCUGGCCAUUACCAUGAAGUGAAGACUAUCAGAAGGGAGGAAAUUGUCAAAGGUGAUGUCCGCAGUUGCAAAUGGAUGUUUGAGACACGUCCAAUCGAUCAGUUUGAUGAAAGCAUUGAUAAAUUCCAGAUCAUCAAAGGUAUUUCCAAACAGGAAAUUGAGUCAGGUGAUGUCAAAACAGCCAAGUGGCUUUUUGAAACUCAGCCACUUGAUGGCAUCAAAUACUUCAGCAACACUGAGGAAGAGGAGACCAGAAAGAAAGAGGGUGUCCAUAUUGAGCAAGGUGAUGUGAAGACCUGCAGGUGGCUGUUUGAGACACAACCAAUGGAUGCCCUGUAUGAGAAAGUGGAGGCCAAGAGUGAGACUGAAUCAACUGAAGUCCAAAAAGGAGAUGUGAAAACCUGCACAUGGCUGUUUGAAACACAAGCCCUGGACACCAUACGGGAUGAAUCGGAGACCGUCAUAAAAACAUGUACUGUUGAUCAGGAGGAAGUUCAAGGUAAAGAUGUCCGUCUGGCUCGCUUCUUGUUUGAGACAGAAAAUCUGGAGAACAUAACUGGAGAAGGCGAGAGUGAUUUCAAGAGGGUAACAGAGAUUGAUAUCCAAUCUGGAGAUGUUUCCAGAAUGAAGUACAUCUUUGAGAACCGGUCCUCGGAUAUCAUGACCUCAACCUCAGAUGAAACUAUGAUGAUGCUGAAGUCUCGCCAGGCUGAGGAAAUACAGAAAGGGAAUGUGGUGAACUGCACCUGGAUGUUUGAAAACCAGCCUAUUGAUGCAAUUCGGGACGCUUCAGAGGAAUCAAAAGAGAGUCGUACUGUUUCAGAUGUCCAAGGUGGUAAUGUGGACAAGGGACGUUUCAUUUUUGAGACCUACUCCCUGGAUAAAAUCCAAGAUGAAUCCUCAGAGACAGAAAUCAAGAAAAUUCAGUCCACCCUCAGAGAGGAGAUUGAGAAGGGAGAUGUGAAGAACUACACCAUGAUGUUUGAGACCCAACCCCUUUAUGCCAUCCGAGAUAAAGAGGGUCACUACCAUGAAGUAACUACAGUCACCAAAGAGGAAAUUCUGAGAGGUGAUGUUGUUGGGGCUAGAUGGCAAUUCGAGACAAAGCCUCUAGAUUCCAUUCGAGACACAGAUGAGGUGUACGUCAUCAAGGCAGUGACUGAGGAAGACAUUCAGAAAGGAGACGUCAGAUCAGCCAGGUGGAAGUUUGAAACUCAGCCUCUAGAUGAAAUUGCAGAGGACCUGAAAGUCCGGAUGAAAACUGUGGAGGACAUCCAGGGUGGAGACGUCAAGAUAAACAAACAGCGUUUUGAGGAGGACCAGACGAAUCAGUAUGUCAGGACUGUAAGUGUGAGCGAGAUCCAAAAGGGAGAUGUGAGAUCUUCCACCUGGCUCUUUGAGACCCGCACUAUCGACAAGAUCCAUGGAGAGGGCUCUGAGUAUGAUGAGAUGGAGAAAGUAACAAAGGAAGAGGUGGUUAAAGGAGAUGUGAAACAGUCUGUAUGGUUGUUUGAGAAAGAGCCUCUGGAUCGCAUCAAAGAGACAGAUGGAUCAGAAACAGUAAUUACUCGAGAGGUGAUCCCACAGGCAGAUGUGAAAUCAACAACAUGGCUCUUUGAAUCAACACCCCUCACUGGAUUCAAUGGAAGCAAUGUAGAGAAAACGGAAAUCAUUGGUAAGAGCAUUAAGAACACUCUGGAGGAACUAUACAGCCAGAAAAUGGUUGAGUCCCAGGGGAUUCUUAUUGAGACCGAUGAGGUUGGAGAUGUUAGAAUGGCUAAAUACAAACUCAUGAACCAGGACGCUCCUGAGAUCCAGAGGGAGGAAGUGAUCCGUGGUGAUCUGAGCAACAUCAUGAUGAACCUGCUGAACAGAUGUGAGGGGACAGAGAAAUGCAUCACAAUUGACCAGGAAGAGAGAGGAAACAUCAACACCACAGUAAAACAACUCUUUAACCAGGGGAGGGGUAUCAAUGUGGAGAAGGAAGAGGUCAUCAGGGGAGACAUACAAGAGGCCAUCAACAACUUGCUGAAAGAGGAGGGGGCCAACAAACGUGGCAUUCUCAUCCAGGAGGACGAGAAGGGUGACGUCAGGAUGACCAUUUACUCGCUUCUGAAUAAAGAGGCAGGAGAAGGCUUGGACAAAGAGGACAUAGUCAGUGGCAAUGUAAGGGGAACCUUGCACAGACUCCUCUCCAAUCCUGAUGCAUCAGAACAGAGUAGAAUUAGAGUAACUGAUACAGAGAGGGGUAAUGUCAGCUUCUACUCCACCUGUAUAGAGUCUGGAGCGCUAGACUAUCUCCGUCAGCUCCAGACUGAAUCAGAUGAUACUGUGGAAGCGAGAGAAAAAGAAAAGAUUAUCGGUGGUGAUGUUGAGACAACUAAAUUGCUUCUCAGAAAGAACCAGAAGGAAAUUGGGCGCACUGUCACCGAGGAGGACAUACUCAGUGGGGAUGUAAACAGCACGGUAAAGGUGUUCAUGACAAAGCCAGAGGGCCUACACAACCUGCAGAAGGAAGAAAUUGUCAAGGGAGACCUCAGGGCAGCACUCAACUCUCUAACACAGGCUGUGAAUCAAAGGGCAGUGCUGGAAAAAGAGGAGGUUGUGAAAGGAGAUAUCAACAUCACACUCAGGUCACUCGUGGAAGCCCAAAAUCAAGCCAAGGAUGUGGAGAAGCCAGAGAUUUUGAGGGGUGACAUCAGAGGGGCCUUGGAAUCCUUGGAGAAAUCAGCAAACACCAAGACAGAGAUCAUCAUAGAGGAUUUGGUGCCUGGUGACAUUAAGGGCACCCUAAAAUCUCUGGAGGAGGCCAAGCAGGCAUUGAAAGAGGUGGAGAAGGAGGAGAUAGUCAAAGGUGACAUCCAUACAGCCUUAAUCAAUCUGCAGGAAGCUUCCUCUGAUAAAAAGGUCUACCAGCAUCAGGUUAGUGAAUUUGGAGAUGUGAAGGGCACCAUUCAGCUGCUGCUGGAGCCUACUGGAUCCCCUCGAAUGCAGCGCCGGGCAAGCACUGAAGGAGACAUCAAGACAUCAAUAAAGUCACUUUACGAGCAGGAGGAAUCACAGGUAGAGAAAGAGGAAGUGGUCAAGGGUGAUGUCCGGGGGGCCAUACACUGCCUCCUGCAGAAGAAGGAUGAGAAGCACCACAAGGGCCACAAUGUCAGGAGAGUCAAAGGAAAAGCACCACUCCAUGAGUGCCCUGAGUGUCUGGCUGCAGCAAUGGCAGAAAGCAGAGCUGCCAGCCAGGCUUUGGCCAUGAUGAACCAGACAGAGACAACAGAGUCAAAGAGCGGUGCACAGGAAGUCACUCAGACUCAGGUUCACUUAGAUCAGAAUAGCCAAGCUACAAGCCAGGAAAGUCAGUCUACUGUGACACAAUCCACAGCUGUCCAACAGAUGGCGACAGAAACUUCUCAAUCCUCACAGCAUUCUUUGUCUCAACAGAUGAGCAAGAAACAGCAGCAGCAAAUGAAGAUGAAACAACAGCAAAAUAUCAAGCAGCAACAGAACAUCAAGCAGCAGCAGAGCAUGAAGCAACAGAGUAUGAAGCAGCAACAGCAGCAGCAGCAGCAGAGUGUGAAACAACAAGAAAACAUCAAGCAGCAGGAAACAACCACCAGUCAACAACAACAACAGCAGCAACAGCAGAGUAUUAAACAGAAAGAAAACAUCAAGCAGCAGGAAACAUCAAUCAGUCAGCAGCAGCAGAGCAUGGAGCAGCAGCAGCAAAGCAUGACACAUCAAGAAAACAUCAAGCAGCAGGAAAUUACAAUCAGUCAGCAGCAGACCAGUACUAAGCAGCAGCAAAUGAAGGUCAAACAGCAAGUGAAUGUUCAAAAGCAGCAAAUGAAUGUCAAGCAGCAUCUGAAGGUCAAGCAACAAGUGAAUGUCAAACAGCAGCAAACAAUUGCUCAACAGCAGCAGCAGCAGACAAAUGUUGAAGAGCAGCAGGUAAAAGAACAGCAGGCAAUCGUAAAAGAACAGGAAGUGGUUGAAGAGCCAGUGAAACCCAAAAUGGACAACCCUGGACCUAUGCUGAUAAAGAAGAAAAAUGUUGGGAAGCAGAUGACAGAGAGCACUACAGUUGCAGGAUCAGGCACUGUUAUGACAAAAGAGACAUCACAGGUGAACAUAACAACAAAGCAGACACAGGAAAUAAAGACAAUCAAACAGGUUCAGACCUCUGUGACGACUGAACAAAAGACUUCGACUCAGAAGCAAACCGUCAAGAACCUGAAGAUGGGCUAUGGCAAGGGUUUGAUCAAGAAAAACAAGCCACAAAUUGAUCUGCCACCUCCACCUGUCUCCCCACCUCCUCCAUCAGAGUCAGAGCUCUCUCUUCCACCUCCUCCUUCUCCCAUCACAGACAGUGAUGUCCCACCACCCCUACCUCGUCCUCUGGUCAUGAGGCAAGACAGCGACCUCCCUCUACCUCCCCCUCCACCACCCCCAACUGCAGAGGCAGAGGCAGAGUUCUUCCCUCCACCUCCUCCCCCACAGGACUUCCUGCCCCCACCUCCUCCUCCACAGGAGCUGAGUGCUGCUAAACCUAAAGCACGCCCUCUCUUCAAAGUGCCCAAGCCUCAGCCACCAAAGCAAGCUGAGCCCCCCAAGUUUAAAUGGCAGAAGAAACAGCCGCCAGCACCUCAACCACCACCUCCUCCUCCACCACCCCCUCCCCCAGCACCUGUUGUUGAAAAGCAGGAAACUUCUGCCACAGCUACCACCAUCAAAGAACAGAGCAGCACACAUAUAGAGCAGGUCAAACAGACUACUCCGGAACCUCCCAUUUCUAAAAUUCCUUCCGUAAUUCCAGUGGCCAAGCCAGUGCAAGAAGAGCCUCCACGGCCACCAAAGAAAGUUUUUGUCCCUCCCAUAAAAAUCCCACCUCCACCUGAACCUACUGAGGUGCAAAAGCCCAGGACCUAUGCUAGGAAGUUCAAAACUCCCCUUAUGCUGGCAGAGGAGAGGUAUCGCAAGCAGAUGGAGGAAGCAGCAAAAAGCAAAGUAACCACUCCAACAUCACCCCCACCUCAAAUGCAUCCGCAGGCACCAGGUGAACAGGCCCCAGCCACCGAAACCACAGGGCUCCCCCAACCACCUCCUCCUAAUGAACCUGAGGUUGUAGCCAAACCAGCCCCUGUUCCACAAGAGCCACCUACAAAGAAAAUGCCCACUCAAAUCCCCAUGGUUAAACCUACAAUCAACAAAAAGCUUACCCAAGAUUCAACCAGUAUGCCCUCUGUUACCUCUAAAAAGCCUCAAACAGUGUCUUCUGGGAUGACCCAAGGUACCCGGUCUCUGUCAACUGAUGUUCAGGCCUCCUCUUCCAUGUCUUCAUCCAGUGUCUCUGAGCAACAACACACUGCUGUAAAGACCAGCUCUGAGACCUCUGUAUCCAAACAGGAAGCCAUCCAGCAGAUUUCAACCUCUGCAACACAGGAGACCAAAAAGGCACCCACUCAACCCAUGAAGAUUCCCAAGGUCACUCCAAACUUCAAGGUCAAAACUAUCAAGCCACCAAAAGUUGAGGCAGAAAAUAAGCAAGAGGCAGCACUGAAGGAGCAAGUGGCCAUCGAUGCCACAGCACAGUUGAACCAAAAGAGUACACAGAGUGUCACACAGAUGGGUACAGCUCAGCAAAAUUCAGAGAGCCUCUCAAGCAGCACCCAAAAGGUGGCUGAGGUCACUGUGGAGCAGGUUGGGAAGACUGCAACUUCAGAUAGUAAAGUGGAAUUCCAGAUGACAAAAUCCAAACAAAAGUCAAAAAAGGAAAUUAAACAAGUCAUGCCUAUUCAAGUCUCUCCUAUACCCCCAAUGACUGUUGAGGUUCCUAAAGGACAAGGACAAGUAACAAUUGUUCAGUCCCACCAAGAAGUCAAGGAGAAGCAUGUUCAGAUCCGAGAGGAAGUUGUGGUGACGGAGAGCCAGGUGCAGCAGCAGAGCAUCCAGCAGAAAAGCAAAAUUCAGAUAAAGAAGCAAGUGAAGUCCUCCCAACAGCAACAGCAUCAGAAACAAAUACAACAGCAGCAGCAAAAAGAGACAUCUAAAGAGGAGGUUGGUCAAAUCAGCUCACAAGAGAUGAAGCAGACUGAGUCAAUGGCUGAGAUCACUGAUAGUCAGAAGUAUGUGGAAGUUCAGAAACUGUUGAGCCAGAUUAAGGAAAUGCAGAGUGGUCACGGGAAACUGGAUGUCAACUCUGUGAAGGCAAUGGUGAUUUCACUCCCCGAUUGGUUCAUUGGAGCAGAGGAAAAGACAAAGAUGGUUACUGUUCAGUUCAGUAAGCAAAAGCUAAAGGAAGUAAUCGUGCAUAUCAGAAACAUUGCGCAGGCAAAGCUGAUUUUUCUUGAGUCGAAUGUGCAGGAAUCUGGUGAGCCAGAGCCAGAGAAGGUGAUCAUUGGUGGUGCAACACCUAAGAUCUCUAAGAUUAGUAUUGGCUCUGCUAGGGUGGAGACCCAGAAGAAAGUGAAGGAGGAGAGGCGGAGCACCCAGGAAAUCAAAGAGCAGGACCUGUCCAAAGCAAGGACCCCGGAGCCCAAAGCACCCUCUGAUACGAUGAGAAUGAGAACCCCAUCACCCACCUUCAUCAGCAUAGAGUCAUCCAGGAGGACGGAUUCUCCUUUCAGGGUCAGCCCCUCUCCGCCGCCCUCUUACAGAUCUGACGCGACCCCUACACCCCCUCCUCGCUGGGCGGACACCCCUACAAAGCUAAGCAGAGCUACACCUUCGCCCACAAUGAGCCGAUCACACAAGUUGUCCAAGCUGAAAGACAACACCACCAAGGUCGCACAGACCCCACCACCAAUGCCCGUGCCAGAGCACAUGAUAAUGAUGCACACAACUGAGAUGGAGGAGGAGUCCUUGUCUUCCAGCCACCAGGAGUUCUCCAUGGAGAGCCAUUCAGUCGAGUCGUUUGACGUCUCAGAAGCGGUGGACUCCAUGAUGACCGUGAAAGACAAGCGGGUGUUCUUUGAGGAGGCUCAGAAAGCGGAAGUCAACAAGACUUACUUGCGCAAGGAUCCAAUCGAUAUCCCUGAGAGACUAGUGGGUGAUGAUGCAGAGGAGGAUGCUGAGAGUGCCGAGAUGCAGGAAAGGAUGAAGGAGGAUCUCCCCAGAGUCGAUCUAUCCAAACUGGUCAACAGGUUUGAGUCCCCGCAACCAAAAAUGUAUAUCAGGAGAGAUCCGAUCCUCAUACCAGAGAGGUUGGGCAGCGACACAGAGGAAGGAGAUCCUGAGAUUGAGCGCAGACCCACUCCAGCUGAAGAGAAGCCAUCAUUCGACAUCAAGGCCAUCAAGAAUGUUUUUGAAUUGGGUGAACCAAGCUUCCACCAUGUGAGGGAGGAGAAGGAGAAAGAUGCCACUGGUUUCUCUGAAACACAGUCUGUCACAGAACACUACUCUACUGUUGAUGAGUUUGGGAACACAGUGACGGGGUCAAGGACUGAGACAUCCAUGCACUCGGAGAGUGUGUCUGGAAUACCAAACCCACCCACCUACGCAGAUGUGGUGCGGGGGAGCGUGCCCGUCCUGAGCGUGUCACCUGAUGCUUCUGCUGAGGAGCUCCUGCAGAACUUUCAGCAGUCGUGGGUCGACAGCGAAACUGUGUUCAGAAACCUGGGCUUCAGUGCAACCGAGGAGCAAAGAUCUCAGAUGAUGUCUCACCAAAGGGAGAGCAUUGUGACUGAAAAUUCGAGUACCCGAGUCCGAACUGUGUCGGGUAUGUCGGAAGAGAGUUUAUCCCAUGGAGUUGCUGAUUGCGGACAAACAAAACUUCCAUAAAACCUGUUUCCGCUGUACCCACUGCAGCAGUCAAUUAAGCCUUGGCACGUAUGCCUCUCUCCAUGGGCGCAUGUACUGCAAGCCACACUACAAGCAGCUCUUUAAGGCCAAAGGAAAUUAUGAUGAAGGUUUUGGAGAAAGACCCCACAAGGAGCUAUGGAGCAACAAAAAUCCGAC